GGGCCGCUCUACCUCAUCCUGGAUGACAACUUUUACUACCAGAGCAUGAGAUACGAGGUGUACCAGCUGGCUCGAAAAUAUUCCUUGAGCUUCUGCCAGUUAUUUUUAGAGUGUCCGCUUGAGUGCUGCUUGCAGAGAAAUCGUCUCAGAAGUCACCCGUUACCUGACCAGACAAUAUAUCUAAUGGCAAGAAAAAUAGAAAUGCCCGAUCUCAAGAAAAACGCUUGGGAACGGAACAGCCUCAUUCUGAAAAGUUUGGAUUGCACUUCAGAGGACGAGUAUGUUACUGUAUUGACACUCGGGUUUUCACUAAGUACUCAGGUAAUUAGUUUGCUGGCCUCUGCUUUGGAAAAUCCAGUGAAGCAAAUCGAGGAAAAUACUGAGCAAAAGGAAGCAGAUCGAGCAAUCUGUGCCGCCAGUGCUGUCCAUCAGGCUGAUCAGACAUGCAGACGCAUCAUCUCUCAGGCAAUGAAGGACGCAAAAGAUAAAAACAUACUCCCAAGUGAGAUGAAGAGCCUGGCAGAAGAACUCAACAAACUUAAAGCAGAAUUCCUGGAAGACUUGCGGCAAGGAAAUCAUUGGAAACACCAGAUUUGUAUACAAAAUCAGUGUUUUGACCCUGCUACAAGUGUAAUUUCUUCAUUCCAACAGGAGGCAGUCAAUGUAGUUAAUAAAUACAUUUCAAAAUAA